AUGGCAGUGUUUCAUGAGGUGGAGAUCAAGGACUUCCAAUAUGACGAGGACUCGGAGAUGUACGUCUACCCCUGCCCGUGUGGGGAUACCUUCUGCAUCGACAAAGAUCAGUUCACAUGUGGAGGGACAGUCCCAGCCCCUUCCCCCCCAAAAAAACUAGUUAAAUGCUGA